AUGUUUAUUCAGAUGAUACUAAUCUUACUGCUGAGUUCAGACUCUCCCUGGAGCCCCACAAUAGAAGUCUCUGGUAAACAGACAGAGACAGAGGUGGUGACUAUAACCUGCUCAGCUGUCACUCCCUGUCCACACGCCCCUCCUCAGCUCACAUGGGACCUCCACCAAGGCACUGUCCACAUCACAGAGACCAACGGGACAUUUACCACUAAAAUCACACAGAACAUCACUCUGACAGACGCCCAUGAUGGACUAAUGAUAAAGUGUAAUGCAGCGUAUCCUGUGAGUGGAGGAUUCAAAACAACAGAAAAUACCAUCACUCUCAAUGUUACAUAUGGUCCUAAAAACACCUCAGUGGAGGUCAGUCCGUCCGGUUCACUGUCAGCAGGUCAGUCAGUGACGCUGAGCUGCUCCAGCAGAGCCAAGCCUCCUGUCCACCACUUCACCUGGUUCAGACACAGCUCACAGGGACCAGCCAAUGUCAGCCAGGGACACACGUACAGCUUCAACCUCACUGAAGAGGGACAGUACUAUUGUGUGGCCUCAAAUACACUUGGACAUGAUUCAUCUCCAGCCAUUACACUGAGUAUAACAGAGUCUGGACCCAGUGUUGUGACUUGGAUUGGCCCAUACAACAUAGUGAAGCUCUGUGGGAUUAUACUGCUCUACAGCUCCCUGCUCCUUCUGGAAUGCUGGUUUAGAUCAACUUGUGUCAAGAAACAGGAACAGAGCCCAGAGGCAGCAGCACAUGUCAAUCGUGUCAUUGAAAAUCAAGAUUAAAACCAUUUGUGUUUAGUGUUUCCUGCUUAUGUUGUAUUUGAUCAGAUACCUGCAAAACAACAAAUACUAG